AAAUUAGGUUAAUUUAUACCCAAAGCAAGACUCUUCUAGGGUUUCUCUUCCGCAUCGUCGUCUCCAUCUCCUCCUAACCGAAUAUAAAAUGGGUAGAUGUCCGACGAGGAAGGUGAAGAAGAGGCGUUUGUCUCACAAAACAGCUCGCCGUGACAAAUUCGAAGUCAAAGGCGACGAUUUAGUGUACACUGAGCUGCGUAAACCUGAGACGGAGACAAAGCCUUUGGAGCUGAACGAGGAUUUGCCUGGGAUGGGUCAAUUCUACUGCUUGCAUUGCGAUCGGUACUUCUCCAAGGCGUCUGUGCGAGAUGAUCAUUUCAAGACGAAGAAACAUAAGAAGCGUAUGAAGAUAAUGAAUGGACCAGCGCCACACUCGCAACUCGAUGCAGAUUUAGCCGCUGGAAUGGGAAUGCCGGACAAUGGUCCAAAGCUCAUGGCUGCUUGAGUUUACUUCAGUUUUGUUUUGUUUCUCAUUAGUCUACAGUUUAUGGAACCUAAUUGUUGUUGGUAGAUGGUCCUUAGUAGUUAAACUAUAUAAUUCCUAAAUUAAUUAUAUGUUUUUUUUUGUUUUGUUCUGA